CGACGAUGACGUUACCCAGAUUGGUCGGUAUUUUAAUAGCUUUAUCUUUGGUAGGGAGUGUAGAGUGUAUAAAAGGAGUCGAUCCAUCUAUAGAACAUCUCUAUAAACCAAUUGAUGGUAGAUUUAAGUGUAUAAAUUCAGAUGUCAGUAUACCAUAUAGUGCACUAAACGACGAUUAUUGCGAUUGUCCAGACGGCACAGACGAACCUGGAACUAGCGCCUGUUCGAGCUAUCACCACACACCUCAGUUUUAUUGUCACAAUGAGGGUUUCUUCCCUGAUAAAAUACACUUAUCGAAAGUUAAUGACGGGAUCUGCGAAGAGGAAUGUUGCGACGGGACAGAUGAACCAGCAGGAAUCUGUCCAGAUACUUGCAAACAACGUGGAAAACAAUACAAAGUUGAAUUGGAACAUUCUGAGCGUAUAAGGGAUAAAGCACUCAUCACUAAAAGUAAAUACAUUGAUAGCGCGAAAAAAGAAUUAAACAGACUCUCAUCUGUACAACAAGAUAAAACUAGGGCGAUUAUCAAGGCUGGUGAGAGGGAACUUGCUGCAAAGGCGGAAGUAGACCGUUUAGAGGCACUAUCAAAGGAUGCCUUAUCAGCUAAGCUCGCAUCACCACUCUAUAAACAUCUCUUAGAUGCCAGAAGUGCUUUAGAUGAUCUCAAAAAGGAGAAUGAGGCAGUCGAAGCUGAUUUAUCUCAUUUGUUGGAUAUUCUUGAAUCGUUGAAGAAUAGUUAUAAUCCUAAUUACCAAGAUAUGGGUGUCUUGGCUGCUGUAAAGGAUUAUAAUGCUUAUAUAGACACUCGCAAAAAGCGGAGCGCUUCAAAUGAGUUGCUUUCCAAACUUCAAAAUGAAGAUCUAGUCAACUUGAUCGUUUCUUUGGAUCAAAGCAGUGGUGAUAAAAAGGAUGACAUCGACAGCAUGUUGUUCAAUAUUGAGGCAUAUCUUCCACCAACCAUGGUUGAUAAUUACAGAGCAUUUAAGGAGACAUUUGUCGGAUGGUUAGUUAAGUUUAGCAUUAUACCAGAACCAUCAACGCAGGGAAAUGCAUCUUAUAUCCAAAACGCCAGAAAGGAGCACAAAAAAGCAAACGACGCUUUGCAAAAAGCACGCAAUGGACUUGCAAAAACCGAUGCUGAGGUGGCUGAACUUAAAAGUGGUAUUAGAUGGGGUCCGCAGGGAGAGUGGAAUGCACUAAACAAGGAGUGUGUUUCUCAAAACAUCGCCGAAUAUACCUAUGAAUUGUGCUUUUUUGACAAAGUCACCCAAAGACAACAAGGGCGCAAGUCUGGUGGAACGAGUUUAGGAAAAUUCCACAGCUGGAAUGAAGAUGCAGGACCAGGAAGCGAGGACUUCUACAAUUUACAGGUAUACACGAAGGGUCAGAGAUGUUGGAAUGGUCCUGAGAGGUCUGCAGAUGUUGAGAUAGUGUGUGGUGAAUACAACGCACUUAUAGAGGUGGAGGAGCUCGAAAAGUGCGCCUAUAAAUUACUAGCAAGUAGUCCUGCUGCGUGUCACGAGAACACUCGACGCGUGCAUAUUCGCCAUGACGAAUUGUAAAAGUAUAAAUUACGUCUAUGCAUUCUAUUAAAAG